GUCUACGUCUCGCUGUUUCCACCAUGCCCGCGUUCCCUCCACAGCGUCCUAUCAGGCAGGCCGCUUCCCCCUCCCACCCUCCCCCCAACUCGAAUCAACCAGCGCACUAAACGGUCUACAUAACCCAGCCCUGCAUCGUGCAGAGCAGCAAGCGCAUAGGGUAGAUUGUUAGCCACUUUGCCCACUCGCUCCCAGCGCAAGCAGGCAGGCAGGCAAAGAUAGAUCCACACGAUGGUCGAGCUACUGUACCCUUCUGCGUCCUCUUCCUCUUCCCCUUCCACUGCAUCGCCCGCCAUCCCCUACUCCUUCUUCGCCCCCCUCGACUGCUACUCCUCCACGUCGGCCUUCACCUCCGCCACAGCCGGAACCGGAACCACAAACGCCGUUGCCGCCGCCGCCUCCUCGUUCCGCCCCGAUCCUUGCCCGUUCUGCCGAUUCCGUGCGGACGACGAGUACUCGCUGCUGCUGCACAUCGAAACCUCGCACAUCGAGGACAGCCUAUUCGUCGCGGUCCCCGACGCCGACGACCAUGCAAGAGGAGCCGCACACACGCCCACGACCCUAAUUGACGACGAAGAAGACCCCGACUACGUUCUCUGUCCCGAGAGCGAUUGCGAGGAGUUUAUCCCGCUGCUGCAGUUGCAGACGCACAUGGACUUUCACGACGCGGCGAACCUCAGUAUGGAGCCCGUUGGCGUGUCGUUGCGGAAGAGGCGGGACAGCGAGGCGGUCGAGGCUCGGGGCGGCGAGCGCUCGUCGUCGCAUCACCACCGACGGCGCGACGGGGAGCGGGGCGAGAGGAAGCGCGAGGGGAGAGACGACGGCAAGCAUCAUCACCGCCACCGAGAACACGGCGAGCAUCGCGAACAUGGCGAGCAUCGCGAACAUAGGAAGCGCCGCGAAGAGAAGGAGAAGGAUCCGAAGGUGUCGUUCAUUCCGGCGACGACAUCGAGGUCUAGGAGUCCUGUGCGCGGCCUGAGCUGGUUUGAGAGGGUCGCGCUGGCGAUUGCGCAGCCGCAUCAUACCGUCGUCGUCGCGCCGGAUCAGCACAGGAGCAGCAGCAGUAGGCGGAGAUCGCAGAGCAGGGGCGCACAUAAGCGCUCCGAUAGCAAGAAGCGGUCCGAUAGUGCCCAUGUCAAGAGGUCCGACAGCAAGAAACGGUCGGACUCCGUUAGUCUCCAGAGGCCGGAUGGGAAGAGAGUCGAGAUCCGGAAAGGGAAGAGCACCGCUCCGCCGAUGACUCUGGCACCGCCGAAAAGUGGGAAAACUGUCAACGGCAUCAAAAAGCUGGGUAAAUCCGACCUCGGACCCCAUGCGCACGAAGUACAGAUGCCAUCCAGAUUACGAGCAGAGCUCGAGAAAGGCGGCCAGGCGAUCAAUGUCCGCAAGAUUGACCCGGAAACCGGCCGCCAGAUAAACGUCGUCCAGAUCGCAAACGAGACGCCGGAUCUCAUCUACACCAUGGCACUGCUCAGCGAACGUGAUCCAGAAAUCAUUAGGGCAUACCUGUGCCACCCCGGGACAAAACACGUGGGGAAACAGCUCCCAAAGGAAGGAGGGUUCUGCGGAUACAGGAACAUCCAGAUGAUGAUAUCGUACAUCCAAGCAGCCUUCCCCCGGGGCUCGCAUCCGUUCGAAGGUCGUAUUCCUACAAUCCUCAGAAUGCAAGACUUGAUCGAGGAGGGCUGGGACAAGGGCAUCAAUUCUACCGCAAGGCUCGAGACGGGCGGCAUCAGAGGCACCAGAAAGUACAUUGGCACUUCCGAGGCACAAACACUCCUCACAAGCGUCGGGCUGCAGUCACGUGCGCGCGCCUUCACGCGGGCGCCCGACUCCAACUCCCUACUGACGCAGAAGGCGCUCCUCGCGUUCGUCGAGGAGUACUUCCUCGCUGACCUCGCGCCCGGUGCCGUCAAUGGCAAGGUCGUGCGCACAGUCAAGCCGCCGAUCUACCUGCAGCAUAGCGGACACUCGAUGACGAUUGUGGGACUCGAGAAGUGGCGCGACGGCAGCGCCAGUCUGCUGGUCUUCGAUCCGUUCUUUAGCCCCACCGAUGCCAUGAAGGAGCUCGCCGGACGAAAGAUCUCGAGCAAGAUCCGUCCGGAUGUAUACCUGAAGGUCUAUAGACGCAAGAUGAGCUACCUCGCGAAAUACAAGGAGUUCGAGGUCAUCCUGCUGGAGCCGUGAGCGACACAACGAUUGUAACGAUGAUGCAAUGCAAUGAAAUGAAACGAACCAAAAGAUUCUGUUGUAUCCCUUUCCUUUCCAUUUAUUUUCCUUUCCUAUCCUUUUUUCCUUUUUUCCUUUUUUCCUUUUUUCCUUUUUUC